GACAGUUCCGUCGCUUCUGUCCUCUCGUGGUGACGGCCUGGAAUCUAGACCAACUGGUCUCUCCGACCGCGAGGCAGCGCUCCACACAGAAGGUUUGUCCUUGCUUGCGCGUCCGGUAACCACAGGGGGAGGACGCGAUCCACCAUGGCGCCCGCGGAAACGCCGCCGCGAGACGAUCACGCGCCGAAACCAGCAGCGACCACGGCGGCAACGAGAAGCUACUGGCGGUGGCGCAAGGAUGACUUCUUCCCGGAGCCGUCGUUCGCGAGCUGGGCCACGUACCGUGCGGCGCUGGCCGCGACGCCCUCCCGUCUCGCGGACCGCUUCCUCGCCGGCCGAUCCACCGACGCCGCCGAGCUGGGCGCGAUGCGGCGGCGGAGCGAGAACGAGAUGCGCCGCUGCCUGACGUGGUGGGACCUGACUUGGCUGGGCUUCGGCUGCCACCUCGGCGCCGGCAUCUUCGUGCUCACGGGGCAGGAGUCGCGCGACCACGCGGGCCCCGCCAUCGUGCUCUCCUACGUCGUGGCCGGCGCCUCCGCCAUGCUCUCCGUGCUCUGCUACGCCGAGUUCGCCGUCGAGAUCCCCGUGGCCGGCGGCUCCUUCGCGUACCUCCGCGUCGAGCUCGGCGACGUGGCCGCCUUCGUCGCCGCCGCCAACCUCAUGCUCGAGAGCGCCAUCGGCACGGCGGCCGUGGCGCGGGCGUGGACCUCGUACCUCGCGUCUCUCCUCAACAAGCCCGCGAGCGCGCUCCGCGUGCACUUGGCGUCGCUCCCGGACGGGUACAACGAUCUGGACCCGAUCGCGGCCUCGGUGAUCGCGGUCACCGCGUGUCUGGCCAUGGCGAGCACCAAGGGCAGCUCCCGCGUCAACUGGAUCGCGUCGGCGGUGCACCUGCUGGUGAUCGCCUUCAUCAUCGUGGCCGGGUUCCUCCACGCCGACGCUCGCAACCUGACCCCGUUCGUGCCGUACGGCAUGCCGGGCGUGUUCCGGGCGGCGGCCGUGGUGUACUUCGCGUACGGCGGCUUCGACAGCAUCGCGACCAUGGCGGAGGAGACCAAGAACCCGUCCAGGGACAUCCCGCUGGGGCUGGUGGGCUCCAUGUCGGCGAUCACGGCCAUCUACUGCACCAUGGCGCUGGCGCUGAGCAUGAUGCGCCCGUACACGGCGAUCGACCGGAACGCGGCCUACUCGGUGGCGUUCGGCGAGGUCGGGAUGCGGUGGAUGCGGUACGUGGUGGCCGUGGGCGCGCUCAAGGGGAUGACCACGGUGCUGCUGGUGGGCGCCCUCGGGAACGCCCGCUACGCGACGCACAUCGCGCGGAGCCACAUCAUCCCGCCCGUGUUCGCGCUGGUGCACCCGAGGACCGGCACGCCCGUGCACGCCACGCUCCUCAUCGCCGCCUCCUCCGCGUUCAUCGCCUUCUUCUCCAGCCUCGACGUGCUCGCCAGCCUCCUCUCCAUCAGCACGCUCUUCAUCUUCGUCAUGAUGGCCGUCGCGCUGCUCGUCCGCCGGUACCACGCGCGGGGCGUCACGAGCCAGGCGCACGGGCUGCGGCUCCUCGUGCUCGUCUUGUUCAUCCUCGGCUCGUCGGCUGGAAUUGCCGCGUGCUGGGGCGUGGCGCCGGAGAAUUGGGUGGGGUACGCCGUGCUGGUGCCACUGUGGGCGGCGGCGACGCUGGGUGUCCAGCUGGUGGUGCCGGUGGCGCGCGCGCCCAGGGUGUGGGGCGUGCCGCUGGUGCCCUGGCUGCCGUCGCUGUCCAUCGCCACCAACAUGUUCCUCAUGGGCUCCCUCGGAGCGCAGGCGUUCGUCCGAUUUGCCGUCUGCACCGCCGUCAUGAUGCUCUACUACGUGCUCGUCGGCCUGCACGCAACCUACGACGUGGCACACGAAGACAAGUCAGAGCACGAUGGGGUGGAGGACUCCGGCGAUGCUGCCGCUGAUGACAAGAAGGCGGCAGCGGCCACCGAUGUGGAGAAGAGUACGGGCACCGGAAACGACGGGUGCUAGGGUGUUUCAUAUCUAAGGCGCACGAAUUUUUAAGAAAAAACUUAAAUCUCGUUUGACGUUUCAUAGCCGUUGAAUUAUUAUUUUGACGUCA